UUAUUUUAAUCGACUUUUUCAAACAAAAAGUCGAGUAAUUGAUUAAUUCUAAACUAGUAAACUUUAGAUACCUAUCCGGGUACUUGCGGUAUUUCAAGUUGCCAACGAGAAGCAAAUACACAAAUUCAACAAAAUGAAUAGCCUUUCGGGACUGGUGAAAGAUACUCUGCCCAAUUACCUAUCUAAUUUGCCAAUUCCUGAUAGUUUUACUGGAUGGUUCAAGUUGUCGUUCAAAGAUUGGUUAGCCCUCAUUCCACCCACUGCUGUUGUAGCCGGUCUAGGUUAUACUGCCUAUUUAGCUUAUUGCCCAGCUGCUAAAAGUGGUUGUUCCAAGGUGGGACGCUGCAAUCAAUCGGUUCGUAAACAUGAAGCUAAAGUAGUCGAUAUGAUUGAUAUCGAAAACAUUGCAGACAAGGCUGCCUUCUGUCGUUGCUGGAAGACAAAGAAUUGGCCUUAUUGUGAUGGUAGCCAUGGUGAACACAAUAAACAAACUGGCGAUAACGUUGGACCUGUUGUGGUUAAGAGAAACUCUUAAAUACUGCCGUCCCCUGGAAUAAUUUGUAAUACUUCCUAUAUUGGCUGUAGUAGUUACACUCGUAUCUAAUUCUUUCGUUGUCUCAUUUUGUUAGUUUUCACAUUGGAUUGGGUCAAGUGGGCAACUAAACGACACGGUGUCUUGUUAUGUUUAUUUUUUAAUUUGCUCUUUUUAAAUUAGAAAGAAAUAUAUAUUAUUUGCAAAUAAUUACACAUUUGAGAAAUCUAAUCCUAAUUGUUAAAAUGAAAUCCUACUUAUAAAUAUUGUCUAAGAAUUUAAUAAUUAAAUUGUGGCAAAUUUUCCGUUCA